AUGGAUUCGAGAACACGUUCCUCUUCUACUCUGCUACUAGUUCUUGUGCUGGUGCUCCCUUUUUUAGCUAAUGCGUCGAGCAGACUGUACAUCGUGUACAUGGGGGAGAAGAAGCAUGAUGAUCCAUCUGUUGUCACGGCAUCGCACCAUGACACACUUACAUCUGUUCUUGGGAGCAAGGAUGGAGCCAUGAAGUCUAUAGUAUACAGUUACAAGCACGGCUUCUCUGGAUUUGCAGCGAUGCUAACAAAAUCCCAAGCAGAGGAAAUUGCAAAAUUACCUGAAGUCAUCAGCGUGACGCUUAACACUUACCAUAAGGCGCACACAACUCGAAGCUGGGAUUUUCUUGGCCUUAACUACUACGAGCAAUCAGGUCUUGUAAAGAAAGCCAACUACGGUGAAGAUGUCAUCGUCGGUGUCAUCGACUCAGGUAUAUGGCCUGAAUCACGAAGCUUCGACGACAAUGGCUACGGCCCUGUGCCGGCACGGUGGAAGGGCAAGUGCCAGACCGGCAAAGCCUUCAACGCCACGGGUUGCAACAGAAAGAUCAUCGGCGCACGCUGGUACUCCGGCGGCAUGCCCGACGAGACAUUGAAGGGGGAGUACAUGUCGCCGAGGGACCUCAACGGCCACGGCACGCACACCGCCUCGACCAUCGUCGGCGGGCAGGUGUGGAAUGCGAGUCACAAACAGGGUGGCCUUGCCGCCGGCGUGGCUCGCGGCGGGGCGCCGCGUGCGCGGGUGGCCAUCUACAAGGCGUGUUGGGGUAGCUCCGGUACUGCGUGCGGCACCGCGGCUCUCCUCGCGGCCAUCGACGACGCCAUCAACGACGGGGUGGAUGUGUUGUCCCUCUCUCUAGGCCCCGGCGAGAUUCCCGGGACGCUCCACGCCGUCGCGAGAGGAAUCCCGGUGGUGUUCUCCGGUGGGAACGAUGGCCCCACGCCGCAGACGGUGGGGAACACUGUGCCUUGGGUCAUCACGGUGGCCGCUGCCACCAUUGAUCGGACCUUCCCCACCACCAUAUUGCUCGGGAACGGCGAGAAGUUGGUGGGGCAAUCCAUUUACUACAACGCCACAGCGAGUAGCAGCGAAUUUCAUGAGCUUGUUGAUGGAUCAAGGUGCACGGCGGAGAAGGUGGCGUCGAUGAACGUGACCGGCAAGAUCGUGCUGUGCCAGGGCCCGUACGACGUGGAGCAGGGCGCCAUCGGGAUCGUGGCCAAGGCCGGCGCCAAGGGCCUCAUCUUCCUGCAGCGCGGCGCCGUCGAUAGCCUCGAAAUGCUGGACGCCUGCAACGGCGUCAUGCCCUGUGUGGUGGUGGACUACGAGAUUGUAAACCGAAUCGUCUCCUAUGCCGACAAGACAAGCACGCCGGUAGCGAAGGUGUCACCGGCCGUCACCGUGGUCGGAAGUGGAGUGUUGUCACCAAGAGUUGCUGCAUUCUCGUCGAGAGGACCAAGCACCAAGUUUCCUGGCAUACUCAAGCCCGACAUAGCUGCACCAGGGGCUAACAUACUGGCAGCCGUGCGUGACUCUUACGAGUUCAUGUCCGGAACUUCCAUGGCGUGCCCCCAUGUCUCAGCAGUGGUGGCGCUGCUCAAGUCAGUUCACCCGGACUGGUCUCCCGCCAUGAUCAAGUCUGCCAUCAUCACUACAGCAUCUGUGACUGACCGCUUUGGUAUGCCAAUUCAAGCCGAGGGGUCGCCAAGGAAAGUGGCUGACCCUUUCGACUUUGGUGGUGGCCACAUAGAGCCAGACAAGGCGGUCGACCCUGGCUUAGUCUAUAAAAUCGACCCAAGAGAGUACAUAAAGUUCUUUAACUGUUCCCUUGAUCCUAAGGAUGAUUGCAAGUCAUAUAUGGGGAAGCUCUACCAACUCAAUCUCCCAUCCAUUGCUGUGCCAGACCUCAAAGACUCUGUCACGGUAUGGCGGACUGUCACAAAUGUCGGAGGGUUGGAAGCAGCUUACAGGGUGCUGGUUGAGGCACCGGCUGGCGUGAAUGUGGUUGUGGAGCCUACAGUGAUCAAAUUCGCUAGAAGUAGUAGUCAGAGCGCAACAUUCAAAGUCACGUUCAAAGCAAAGCAAAGAGUACAAGGUGGAUACACAUUUGGUAGUUUGACAUGGCUAGAUGAUAGCACACACUCAGUUAGGAUUCCAAUAGCAAUACGUAGUAUAAUCGUCGAUUUUGUUUCAGAUACCUCAUAA